AGCUCAAGUCUGUCUUGAUGCUCUUCUCUUUCUUCACCUUUAUUGUGUCAUAUUCCAUACCAUCAUCGCUUCUACGUGCGUAAACUCAAGGUACACUCCUGCUUCUCUGUAUUAUUUUCCGUUUUUUUUUUCUGCUUUCUUCUUUCCUUCUCUUGCUGUUAUUAUUAUUAUUAUUUACUGUUUGAAUUCAUACCGCUGUUUACUUUCAGCUUUGUCACUUCUCAGACAGCGUUCUACGUUCCUUAGAGAACUCCGUACGCCUUAUUAUUUUGUUUUCCUAUCUUUUUCGAUCGCUCUUGCAGUGUGGAUCUCUGCAGCUGGUUUUUUUUUUUGGCAUUCUCUGCUCCUUUCGUUUCUUCUCUUCUCUAUAUCCCCCUUCUCUGUUGCAGUGGAGCGGAUCGCGGUGGAAUGAACGUCCACGUGCCUGAGUGAAUUAGUGCUAGAAGGUGAAAACGGCUCUCUCUUAUAUAUAUAUUCGUGAAGGGAUAAUGCCAUUCACACGGCAAUGGGCUACUCGCCGGACAUCCCGUACCUCAUCUGGGCCGCUGUCUGCGUCAUUGUCAUCGUCGUCAUCAUCAUCUUUUCCAUCAUGCAAAUAAAGAAGUACUUCCAGCAAUCGAGAGACAACGGCGCAAGCACGAUGGUCGAUGUCACCGUGCUGCCAGCCACCGUGUUGGUGAACAGCGUAAGUGACACGAAUACCGCUACACAAUACACGGCUGCACUGGCGGCCGUCGGGGACGACUACGCGUACGCGGCGGUUCAGCCGAGUAGUCAGGAGCAGCACGCCUGGUACGUCUCGAACCACAUGUACACGACACACCGACGUGAAGGGCAGCAGCUGCCGCACAGCGCAACGAAUGCCGCGGGUAACACCGCAGAAGCGGCACCGCCGUCUUCCUCUGCAGCGCAACCCACCUUUACGCAAAGAGUCAGAGGGGAAGGAGGAGAACACGAAGAAGAGGGUGGCGAUGACGACGGCUCUCCCUUGGGAGCCAAUCCCCUACGCCCCAUAAACGACCAUGGAGACACCGAAAGAUACGUCGCAAGCACCGUAAGGGGAAUGAGCUCCGUGGCCGCCUCCCCACCCGCGUUGGAUGCACGCUACUUCGAUGCGCUACACACAUUUGUAUCGCAGCAGAGCAGCCUGGCUUCUCCCCCACGCCUGCCCGCGAGUCUCCCUGUCGCGGCGAAUCCCGUGCCGCUCGGAGCGUCGCACAUGAAUCCUCUCUCCCCCCUGAGUCUCCGUCCGAAUGAGGGCAACGGGCAAGCCGCAACGACGACAGCAGCAGCUGCCAUAGUAGCACCGAGCACUGCAGAGGGGCACGGAAGUGAUCUGCCGCACAGCAGUGUGACGCCUCCGCACCCCUCCUCUCCCCUUCGUUUUGCACUGUUGUGGGUGCGAGACCGUCAAAGAGGCCGAUCGGAUGUUCGUAAUAGCGAGGUCCCCACAGAGGUGGUCGCCGAGGUGGUGGAUGGGUACUGCUGUGAUGAGCAAGGGCGUCGUCUCACGGUGCAACAGGCCGAGGAACUCUAUGGCGGGGCGGUGUACCUGCCCCGUGCGAGCUCACUCGUGAUGUUGCUUGCGGACGAUGAAGAUGACGGUGACGGUGAUAAUGGUGGAGAUGAUGACGCAAAAAGUGAGCGGAGCAGCGGCUCUGUUUUUUCGCUGUAUCAGCUAACUCCCGAAGCGAGCGAUGAGGUGAAGCAGCACGUGGUUUCGUGA